GAGAAGUGCUUCGUGGUGGAGGCAUGGAUGAAAAAGAGUACGAUUAUCUGUUCAAGCUUGUGUUGGGCGGCGAUUCUGAGGUCAGAAAAUCCAAUCUUGUAUCCCGAUUCUUUGACAACACAUUCUGCUUCGAGUCCAAGCGCACCGUCGGCGUCGAAUUCUUUACUCGUACCCUUGAGGUUGAGGGAAGAAUGGUGAAAGCUCAAUUAUGGGAUCCCGCUGGUCUGAAGCAGUACAGGGCAAUAACCAGUGCGUACUACCGCGAAGCCGUGGGAGCUCUUCUUGUCUACGAUGUCACCAAACCAACCUCUUUUGAAAAUGUAACCAGGUGGCUCAAGGAGCUCAGGGAUCACGCUGAUGCUAACAUCGUCAUCAUGUUGAUAGGCAACAAAACGGAUCUCAAGCAUCUCCGUGGUGUUGCCACAGAGGAUGCUCAGAGUUAUGCUGAGAAAGAAGGCCUCUCUUUCAUCGAGACAUCUGCUCUCGAAGCAACCAAUGUUGACGAGGCAUUCAAAACCAUCAUUUCACAAAUUUUGACAAGGCAUUAUGCAACUCCACCUCUAGAGUUCAUCCCAACUUUGUCUGCAAACUCCUUGUCUUCCAACUCUACCGAGGUCGAAAGUAAAAAAUCUCUAGUCAUUCCAGCUUUGUCUGGUGUAUGUUCUAACCUUGACAUCAAUGUGCUAAACCAAUCUGAUGUAUUUACCGACGUUUUGAACGUAGAACCUAUGUACUACACUGUGAAGAACAUAGUAUCAUAUGGGAUACUACCUAGCGGAUGA